AUGGGGAGCUUUUUGCCACAUAUAGCACAUACGGACGGCCUAGACGUAAUAUACCUGGGAGGGGCUCCGAGAGCUGUUGUACUCCCCAAGCCCGGCCAGGGUCCCAGGGUGUCUUGGGUGUCCCAGGGCGCCCAGGUCACCCCCGGGGUCACCCAACAGUGGGGUGACCCGGGCGUGUCUGUGCUGAAGGUGGGUGACCCGGGCGUGUCUGUGCUGAAGGUGGGUGACCCGGGGGUGUCUGUACUGAAGGUGGGUGACCCGGGCGUGUCUGUGCUCAAGGUGGGUGACCCGGGGGUGUCUGUACUGAAGGUGGGUGACCCGGGGGUGUCUGUACUGAAGGUGGGUGACCCGGGGGUGUCUGUACUGAAGGUGGGUGACCCGGGGGUGUCUGUACUGAAGGUGGGUGACCCGGGGGUGUCUGUGCUGAAGAUGGGUGACCCGGGGGUGUCUGUGCUGAAGGUGGGUGACCCGGGGGUGUCUGUGCUGAAGGUGGGUGACCCGGGCGUGUCUGUACUGAAGGUGGGUGACCCGGGGGUGUCUGUGCUGAAGGUGGGUGACCCGGGGGUGUCUGUGCUCAAGGUGGGUGACCCGGGGGUGUCUGUACUGAAGGUGGGUGACCCGGGGGUGUCUGUGCUGAAGGUGGGUGACCCGAGCGUGUCUGUACUGAAGGUGGGUGACCCGGGGGUGUCUGUGCUGAAGGUGGGUGACCCGGGGGUGUCUGUGCUGAAGGUGGGUGACCCGGGCGUGUCUGUGCUGAAGGUGGGUGACCCGGGGGUGUCUGUGCUGAAGGUGGGUGACCCGGGCGUGUCUGUGCUGAAGGUGGGUGACCCGGGGGUGUCUGUACUGAAGGUGGGUGACCCGGGCGUGUCUGUACUGAAGGUGGGUGACCCGGGGGUGUCUGUGCUGAAGGUGGGUGACCCGGGCGUGUCUGUACUGAAGGUGGGUGACCCGGGCGUGUCUGUGCUGAAGAGACGGACGCCUAAAAAUACGGACUCCAAUGCAGACACGGACGCAUUAAGAUACGGACUCCAAUGCAGACACGGACGCAUUAAGAUACGGACUCCAAUGCAGACACGGACGCCUAAAAAUACGGACUCCAAUGCAGACACGGACGCAUUAAGAUACGGACUCCAAUGCAGACACGGACGCAUUAAGAUACGGACUCCAAUGCAGACACGGACGCCUAAAAAUACGGACUCCAAUGCAGACACGGACGCAUUAAGAUACGGACUCCAAUGCAGACACGGACGCCUAAAAAUACGGACUCCAAUGCAGACACGGACGCAUUAA